UAUCACACAAGUGAUUUCAUAAAGCAAAUCUUUUGGAAGUUGUGUAUAGGGGGAUAAGUGGGGAAAACCCUUGAGAUAACUGCGGCAUCUACAGCACAAUUAGCCGCCUUUGUCGCUGUCUCUCCCUCUCUCUCUCUCUCCCUCCCUCUCUCUCUCUCCUCGCUGUCAAUCGCUGGAGGAUUUUGUCGGGAGUUUCCGAGCGCCUCUGUCUCCGUGAGUACCUGAGUUUUGUUGUUGCUGAUGCUGCUGCCUUCCUCCGGAUUCAGGAUGAUCGCAGGCGCUCCGCUGGGAUCUGCUGCAGAGAGAGAGGGAGAGAGAGAGAGCCGAUAGAAAGUUGAUCGCCGUCCUGCUCUGAACGCAACUUUCCUGUCAAAGAGCAAACCUUAAGUUCAGAGUGAGGAUGUUGUUGUGGCUGGUUUUACUCCUGCCUACCAUCUCCUUGGCUCAGCGAUCGGAGCCCAUGUUCUCAUCUAUAACCAAGACCGUCCUUCCUCCCGACUAUGACAACAACCCCACCCAGCUCAACUAUGGCGUGGCCGUUACUGAUGUGGAUGGAGACGGAGAACUGGAGAUGUUUGUAGCAGGUUAUAAUGGCCCAAACCUUGUGCUAAAGUAUGACAAGGAGAAAAGAAGGCUUUUCAACAUUGCCGUUGACAACCGCAGCUCCCCGUUCUACGCCCUGAGAGACCGACAAGGCAAUGCUAUUGGGGUGACAGCGUGUGACAUCGAUGGAGACGGUCGGGAGGAGAUUUAUGUCCUUAACACCAAUAAUGCCUUCUCUGGUCGGGCAACAUAUUCUCACAAGCUGUUUAAGUUUCGUAACGGACGCUUUGAAGAUCUGCUGAAUGAUGACAUUAACGAACACAGAGAUGUAGCCAACCGUAUGGCUGGGCGCUCAGUGGCCUGUGUGGACAGAAAGGGUACAGGCCGUUAUGCUAUCUACAUAGCUAACUAUGCCAGCGGCAACGUGGGUCCUCAUGCUCUCAUAGAAAUGGAUGAGGCAGCCAGCGAUCUUUCGCAGGGCGUCAUUGCCCUCACCAACGUGGCAGAGCAGGCCGGAGUCAACAAGUUCACUGGAGGCCGAGGUGUCGUAGUGGGACCUAUUGUCAGUCAAAGCCUGUCUGAUGUGUUUUGUGACAACGAAUAUGGACCCAACUUCCUGUUCAGGAACAAUGGAGAUGGAACUUUUACCGAUGUGGCGCAGCAGGCUGGUGUGGAGGACCCCAUGCAGCAUGGCAGAGGGGUUGCUCUGGCUGACUUUAACCGUGAUGGCAAGACGGACAUCGUCUACGGGAACUGGAAUGGACCUCAUCGCCUGUACAUGCAGCUGAAUAACCGCAAACAGAAGUUCAAGGACAUAGCAUCCCAGAAGUUUUCCAUGCCGUCUCCGGUUCGAACUGUCAUCGUUGCUGAUUUUGACAAUGACAACGAACUGGAGGUCUUCUUCAAUAACAUCGCCUACAGGGGUCCUUCUGCCAACAGACUCUUUAGGGUGAGCAGGAGAGAGCAUGGAGACCCCCAGAUAGAAGAGCUGAAUGUUGGGGAGGCAUCAGAGCCUGAAGGACGAGGGACUGGAGCUGUAGCCACAGACUUUGAUGGUGACGGCCGUCUGGAACUGCUGGUAUCUCAUGGUGAGAGUGCAGCACAACCUCUCUCUGUCUACAAAGUCAACCAGGGCACCACUAACUCCUGGCUGCGAGUGAUUCCCCGGACCAGAUUUGGUGCUUUUGCCAGAGGAGCUAAAGUGGUGGUGUACACCAAAAAGACCGGCCCUCACACACGCAUCAUCGAUGGUGGCUCAGGGUACCUGUGUGAGAUGGAGCCUGUUGCCCACUUUGGCCUUGGUAAGGAUGUGGCCACCAAUGUCGAGGUGUACUGGCCAGACGGGCGUUCAGUGGCUCGACCCCUGGAACCUUCAGACAUCAACUCGGUGCUGGAGAUCCACUAUCCAAGAGAUGAGGAGGAAGUCACUCCUACUGUGGAAAUAGAGUGCGGUCAAGGGUUUGCCCUGAAUGAGAAUGGUCGUUGCACAGAUGAAGAUGAGUGUACCCAGUUCCCCUCUGUGUGCCCCUCUGACCGCCCUGUCUGCACCAACACCUAUGGCAGUUAUAAGUGCCGUGCCAAGAGGAGAUGCAACCAGGGCUUUGAGCCCAACGAUGAUGGGUCCGCCUGUGUGGCCCAGGUGGCUUACUUUGGAGGGACGCGGUCUUCUGGGGAACGCAAGUGGUCGGGCCUUUCUUUCUGGCUGCUCUCCAUCUCUGUGCUUCCACUUGUUUCUGCCCAGCUCCAAACCGGACUACUGUAGCUGUCGCCAUCUUCUCCCAGUCCUAAUUCUCUCCACUGCUAAAAGGGGGGAGAUGUACAGAAACUCUCGAAGCAAACUUUUCACUGAAACAUCUAGUCCUCCUUCUCCUCUGGGGACCUCUGCUAUCUUUUGCCACCAGUUAUUGACAGUCUUGCCUCUCCUCAUCGCUGCUUUGUGUCACCUCUUGGCUCCCGGCCCCCUCUGGACUAUAAAGAAACACACAGGGAGCAUGCUCGCUGGGAGCUACGGGGUUCAGAACUAACUGUGUCACACCCGCAGAGCCCUCACGUCAUCACCUGGCACUUAUCUUAGUGGGACCUGGACUGAGGCCAAGUCAAUAAGUGGAGCCGCGGCAUAUAAACUACUGCUCAUUCUGUACAGUAGACAGAUCUACUGACGACACAGACCACAUUCAUUAGAGACACGCUGAGGCCCCAUCUGUAUCUCCACAAUGCCACCAUGUUAAUCCUUACAGUGUCACUCUCAUUCUGAUUAUGGGCUUAUUGGGAUGCUGAGGAACCCCAGGUCUCUAAGCUUUAGUCCCUCCCUGUGUGUGUGUGCGCGUACCAGGCAGUUGCAUAGAGAAACAUAUGCCAGACCAUCUGUUUCUGAUGGAAGGUUACAUUUUGUUACCUAUGAAUAAUACAACAGCACAGUGGAGAACAUAAAUACACUUGUAUGUGCGUGAAACAAGCAAAUUUUAUGAUUUCAAGUACAGCGUUAAGAAGGUGCACUUGAACUCAUGACUAAUUUGGCAAUUUUUAAAUAAUGUCAAUGUAGAGCUUAAAGUUGUAAAUAUUAAAUGAGCUUCAUCUUAUAAUAUUUAGACCUAAUAUUAACCCCCGAAUUCACUACAUUUAUUGACUUAUUUUCCCAUUUGAAUUAAAUAAUGGGCAGGUGAAGACAAAAGAAGACAAAAGGAUUUGCAUUUUGUUGGACUGGAAUUUUUCUGAAAUGAAUGAAUGUUCUUGAAAAACACCUAAAACAAAACUUACCAGUCCAUGUAAUGUAGUGCUUGUGAUGUUUCACGUUACUGUCACCAUAAAGGUCUUAAAAGAUUUGCAAAUAAAUCUGCCAUAAAAAAUAUGUCAUAACGUUUAAAUUCUACACUUUUCAAAAUUUUAAGCAUGGCGGCUUUGCUUAUUUAACAAAUUUUAAAUCUUUGCCACACAAUAUAAAACUUUGAAGAAUAAGGAUGGUGAUAUUUAAUAUUUUUGGAAUAGUUAAUAAAAAACGAAAUCAACCAGGCAUUAGUCAGCCUCUCAAAGCCUUCUAACUUCCCUGCUGUCUCUGCGGCACUCGGAAGCACCUCCUGCAUUACAAAUGAAUUCAUGUUUUAAAAUUCGGUUGGGAACAAACAGGAGUAAAUUGUGUUUUUGUUGGGUUCAUUAUUUACAGCUGCAGGACUGUGAACGUCAGAUUGAUUCAACGUAAACUACAGAGCUCAAACGGAUCAUAAUUAAGGGAUCUGUCACUCAGUGCAACAGAGUGGCCCACUGAUGUGUUUUUAAUCAUGUUUGAACAACUGUGGAUGUAAUUUAUUUCCCUGAGGCACAGAGGAAUAAAUGGUAUCAGGCGUGUACACACAGGCAGUGCUUGUUAGUGGGAUUGGCUCAUUUUGGAAUUUGGGCUUUUUAGAGAAUUUGUUAAUGGCAAGAAAAAUAUAAAAUAUCACCAUAGUUAUGGACAGACACACACACACAAACACACACUCACCAUUUAAAUGAAAUAGAGAUCAAGCCACACACACAAAAUUCCAAAGUUAUGGAUAUUUGGAGGAGCUUUGAUUUUCUAAAGCAAACUAAACCUCACUUUUCCUCAUUAAUGUGUGUGAGGUGAUGCUUGUUUUCCCCUUAUGUUUGUGGUUUCACACAGUGUUCAUGCUGAAACUCUCGAUAUACUGCAGUAAAAUACAGACAGCACAUGGAACCUUUCACGUUUUCCUUUCACACUUGUUGCCACAUGUCUCUUGAAACUUUUUAGGAAAUUAAUAAACAUUUUGGCAGAGAAGAUGAGCAAAAAAGUGAAAACUUCAUGUCCUCACGUUGACAGCAUGCUGACCGACAGAUAUUUGCCUCCACAUUAUUCUGCAGGGGAGCAUCAGUUCUGUUCUCUGCAAUCCCAGUGCAGAAACUAGGCAACACAACUCCUAACUUAUCCAGCCUCAGACCACGAUCACUGUCACAGCAGGGGAUAGAUUCAUCAUCAAGUGCUGGCCUGUACAGUCCUCAAGAGCAAUGACUGUGUGUGUGUGUGUGUGUGUGUGUGUGUGUGAGAGAGAGAGAGAGAGAGAGAGAGAGAGAUUCAUGGAUUUCUCCCUAUUCACUCGCUGAGGCAAGUGUUAUAUAUUUUUUGGACAUUUUUAGCUAAAACCUCACACAUUCCAUUUCAGAUACAGCACCAAACUCGGGCCCUUGACAUCAGUCCCCGAGCCUGCUAAUGAGUUGGACCCAAGCCACAGAUGCCACCUGUAAAUAACAUUUCAGCUGAGAUUUAGAGACUGAACUUAUUCUCUGUGAGACAUUUUUAAUGAAAACUAAGAGGCAUCGGAGCAUGAAAAACUAAUAAACAAACGAUGAUGGAUGUGUUGAAGCAAUUAAAAUUACUCACCACGGAUCUUUGUUGGAUCCACGCUGACGAUGUUGUCAUGCUAUCUGUGUAAGCCAAAGAAUCUGUGGAGAGUGAGAGUUACUGAGGGUUCAGCAAGAUCAUGUCCACUCCGGUUAAAUGUAUGAAUAUGUUAGUUCAGACAUUGUCAGCACACAAAAAGCUGAGGUUGCUGUAAAGAUGUUAUUAAAAGGACAGAAUGAAACUGUUUUUUGUAGUUUGAAUCACACUUUUGGGUCAGACCUGACAGACUGAUAUGUAAGCUCACAGUUUGCAUGAACAAUAAGAUCCACAAGCUGUUUAUCAAAAUUGCACGCUUUAACUGGACAUACAGUUGUUCUAAACCUAUUGCUCAUUUUCUCCUACUUGAUCUCCACAGUUCUAAUAACAAUGUAGUAAAGUCAUGGUUGUGUGAGUCCAGUUCGUUUCUCUUUCUGUAAAUGUGUUGAAAUGGGUUGUGGUAUUAUUUGCAAACAGAGAAAAGCAUACCACAGAAGACUGCUGGCUAGCUCUUAAUUGAGUGCACAUGCAACAUGAAAGUCAACACACUAUGUACAGUAUUUACUGUGUCUGCUCUGCCCAUUCAAACACCCAGGGAGUGUCUGGAAAUCACAGUUCUCACAAACACAUAAGACUAAAUUCAGCUUUUCUGUGUCCAUUGAAACUGGAGUUUAUUCAAAGCAUGAGGUAAUGCUGAAGAAAAUAAAUGGUACACAUUAUUCACAGUUAUGCAUUACUUUGCUCAACUGCUUUAGACAUACCUGGAAGAAGAAUUUCAUUUUUGGGGGAGAUAGAGAGGAAGGAAAUGACUAAAGAAAGGUAAAAAAUGACCCGUUAUCAGUAAUUACAAUAACAGAAAAGACUCCACAAAGGACAAGGUAAGCUUUAGGCAAAAUUAAAAUGGGAAAUGUAGCUGAACAGUGUCACUGAAUGAUGUCUAACGACCUGCAUGAAAGAUGCUUUGUGUGUGUGUGUGUGUGUGUGUGUGUGCGUGCGUGUGUGUGCGUGUGUGUCUGGCAUGGUCACAGCAUUGUUUGCGUCCCAGAGGCUCCAGCUGUGUUUCUUUCUGCAUAAAUGAACUGCAAGUGGAGAUGUCCCUGUGAAGAAUAAAACCUGGAACACAAUGCUCAGAGUGUGUUUCAGGGGAGUUUGA